CUGGUGUGUGCGCGCGUCCCUCUUUCCCUGCGCUCCCCCUUGGCGUGCGCUCUAAGCCCACCCUCUCCAUGUUCUCUAGGCCUUCCUGCGCUGCGCCUGCAUAUAUCCGAGUGCCUGCGUCCCUCGGGUGCCCGAAGGAACCUGGGCGCAGCACGGGGGGCUUCCGACCCCCACCGCACCCUCUAGGGACGACCAAAGGUGCCUCCUCACACCGGCGCCCCGUCCGCCCCCUCCGGCUUUUCGCCCGCCCACGUCUCCUCUCCGGAGCGCGGCGUGCGCCUUGCAGCCUUUUCUUGCCGGCCUCAGCUGUGGAGAAUGAAUUAAACCCGCGCUCCGGGCGCAGCGCUGGGCGUGGGGUCACUGAGGGCGGCGGCAAAGCAUAAACUGUCUGACCGCAUCAAAUCCCCAGGGACUGGGAUGGCCUUCCCUGUGGACUUACUGGAAAACUACAGUCAUGAAGACCUGGAAAGUUCUGGAGAAGAUUAUAUGUCUGAUCUCAGGUGUGGGGAUCCAGAAAACCCAGAGUUCCUGUCUCUUGCCAGUAACGUCAAAAUCCCAAUUCGUCUAUCCACAAUAGGCUUCGUCCCCCUUUAUGGCGGAGAGGAAAGGCACAAAGUCCUUGCUUUGUUUGCGCCAGAGGAUUCGCUCACAGCUGUUGCCCUUUUCCUUGCUGAUCAGUGGUGGCCUGUUGAUGAUAUUGUGAGAACAUCUGAUCCUUCCAGAGAAGGACUUUUGCAGGUGAACUCCAUUGGAGAGAGAGUGGUCCUCUAUGUGCUAAAUAGAUUAAUUUAUCGCAAGCAAGAAAUGGAGAAAAAUGAAUGCCCAUUCCUCUGUCAUGGUAGCCAUGAUUAUGCGAAAAUACUAUGGAAGAAAGGAGAGGCAAUUGGUUUUUAUUCUGUUAAGCUUCCAGGAAGCAUAUGUGGUGCCUUUCUGACCCAGAGCUACCAGCUUCCGGUCCUUGAUACAAUGUUUGUGAGGAAGAAACAUCGAGGGAAAGAUUUUGGGCUCCUGAUGCUGGAAGAUUUUGUGGAUUCUUUCACAGAAGAUGCUCUUGGCCUGCGGUUCCCACUCACGUCUUUUAUGCUUGUUGCUUGCCAGAAGUACUUUGAACGGUAUCCAGGGGAUCAUGACCUUCUGUGGGAAAUUGAAGGCACUGGCAACAUUCACCAGCGGAAAACUGUAGCUAGCAUUUUGCAGAGAGAAAGUUUCAAAUGCAUAGAAGGCUCACAGAAAGAAAACAGUGGUUCUCAGGCUGAUGAAAGUUUUCUGCAGACUGCCAUGAACACCACAAGUGAGCAGGCAUCUGAGCCCAGGGAAACACAGUUAAGUGCUGAUGCUCAUAAAAACAAAGAUGGCUUAGAAGUAUUUGAAGGCACAUCUGAAGAACUUAAUGCUGCUCAGCUUUCUACACGAUCACGAGGCAAUAAUCUCAAACGUCCAAAGUUGGGGAAAAGGUUCCAAGAGCCUGAAAUGGUUGAAGAUGAAGAUAUAAGUGUUUUUCAAACACCAGAAAGCAGACUAGAACCUGAUGCACGUGUAUCUGAAAGUUCGGAAGUGGUGAUGGAGAUGGAAGAAAAUGUGGUUGAAAGUGAGCAGGAGGUGUUAGUUGAAAACCAGAAACAACCAGCCCAAGAAGCGCCACAGAUGUGUCCUGCAUCUGAGAAGCAAGAGGAUAAAGAGGAAAUGGAAGUGGAGCCACUCAAUGGAGAGCUCGUGGAAGAUGCUAUCAAGGUCUCAAUAGUGGCUGAAGGACAAACAGGAAGUGAAGCGGUGGAUGGAGAGUCAAAGCUGCAGUUGGAAAAUCCCGAGGAAACAACCCUAACCUUACUUGUCCCAUUAAUCCUUGAUUCGUCAGUAAAAUCCACUGAAGACAGUGAUGACAACGUUUCUGAUAAGGUUGACAGUGUGGCAGAUGCAGAACUUCCACCCGAAGAGGAACAACAAGCAACGCAAAGGAAAAGGACCCUUGUUCCAAAUGCAGAUCCCGUCGCUGCAGCCGAGAAGGAAGAACCCUCCAACAACGGCCUUUCGAACUCUGUAGCAACCACUGAGGCUCUGGAAGAUACCAUUUCUGAGAAUGUGUCUCCUAACACAACUUCCUCUGUGGAGGAGCAGAGUGAAGAAGGAGGCUCUGACACUCCAGAGGCCCCCGUUGUUCUAGGCCAGGGCGCUUUAAUGAUGGUUGAACUGGAGGAUAUCUCGUACUCGCAUCACCCAGAAGGGCAAAAGAACCAACUGGAUGAACAGUCUGAAGAGUCAGCUGAGCCCACCUCUGAGAAAGCCGCAGACAGCAGUUCAGAGGAUGUGGAAAUUGAAGUGCCCGUAGUGGAUAGGCGGACCUUAAGAAGGAAGGCCAAAGGAUACAAAGGACCACCCAAGAAAAAAGGAAAGCUCAUUUGAAAAGGGAAGAGGAGCAUUGUUUCCACCCAGCUGGAUCACUUUCCGUAUUUUUCUUAAAAAACAAAACAAAAA